UUUUAUUUUAUUUUAUUUUAUUUAAUAAAACAAAAAAAGAUGAAUUCACUUGCUUCUGGUAAACUAAUAUAUGCUUAUACAAGUAAUAUGAUAUGUAAUAAUAAACGGGUAUACUACUUUUAAAGAGAAUAGAUGUAAAGAGGAUGAAAUGAUUAACAAUAGUACUGGACAUGGUACGGUCAAUGUCCCAUUUUCUCAAGAAAGUGAUACUAGUCAACAGUCAAAUCAAAAGCAAUCUACUACUGCUAAUAACGUAAAAGACAAUCAAGAGCAUGAAUCUACUGAAGGUUCCUUUGGACAUACAGUUAAACAUGGACCUUCCCCAAGAACUAUUAAACGUGAUUUGGAUAAUGUUUAAAUAAAUAAAUAAACAAAUAAAAAAAAAAGUUGCCU